AUCACUCAUAAUCAUAUAAUCAUUGAGAGCGCAAAGAACAGAAUUCGCAAAUACGGAACGCGAUAAAAACAUUCACAAGUACACAAGUACGAACUGUUCAUAUAAACAGACAAAAAAUUGUUUAACUUUACACUAUUAAUAUAACGUUGAGUGAGAAAAAACCAUACAAUAAUAAUUAACAAAAUCAAUAAAGUGCCUUCUGUUAAAAAAUAAUAAUAUAAAUUUAAAAGAAAAGUGAAAAAUCAGCAACAGAAAGAGACAUUCAAUUAACAAAAACUUGAUCAAACAAAAAAUUAGCCACGCAUUUUAAACGGCCUUCUACACAUUGCAUGUAUAUUAGCCGCGCUUGUUUACAACAUUCAUUGACUUCAGGAAGUGUGUUUCGUAAAAAAAUAUUUUGUCCGCGUGUCCAACAAGUGUUGGAGUGUAUUUGUUGUUAUCAAAAAAAAAAAAAAGGAUUUCAAAUGAGAAUAUCUAUGAAUUAAACAAGAUCGUCGAGUUAAAAAAGAAGUAAGGUGAAAACUUCUUAACCCACUCUACCUCCCCCCACCACCCCCUUUGUGUGUGUCUAUUUGCAUUACUGGUGAUAAUCGAAAAGUUAAAAAAUAUUUCAUUUAAAUCGAGCUUGAUUGACUCAAGUGAUUUCUUUCGUCGUUGUGUCGUUUUUUUACUGAACUUACGUAGUCGUCGUGUUGUAUACCUACCUACCUACAUACAUACAUAGAUUAAAAUAAAAAAGAAAAAAAUAAAUACAAUAUACGUGAGAGUGUUUGUUUGUGUGUUUAUGUGUGAUUCAACAACGCAACGAAAAUAAAGCAGCAAACAGCAACAACCCAGAAAGAGACAAACGACCGAACCACAGAGCAAUUGAGCACAGUGUGAGAAAGCGAGAGGGUGCUAGCGUGAGUCAUAGCACACAAUAAUUUUUUGAAGUGAAAUGAAAAUGCGGAUGAAAAGAGAAUCACCGUGCCUACUUCUAAGAUUUAUGCCAAUCACCAAAGUCGAAUACGGUAAUAAGAGACCGAAAGAUAACCUGGAUACCCCUUGCAGUGAAGAAGAAACAAACUCCUCGUCCAGUCGGCCAUCGCUGACGAGGAGUUGUAGUAGUCCAGCAGUAUAUGAUAUCGAAACACAUCCCGCCUCACACGUUUUCCCACAUCUAUUGCUGGGCAAUGGCCGUGAUGCUGGCGAUCCCAGUAGUGUGGGAGCAAAUUGUGUUUUAAAUGUUACCUGCCAAGCACCGAGCACAAAUCCAAUGCCGGGCCUUAAAUAUAUGCAAAUACCUGCCAGUGAUACACCUCAUCAAAAUAUUAAACAAUAUUUUCAGGAAGCCUACGAUUUUAUUGAAGAUGCCCGUAAAACUGGCUCCAAAGUUUUACUACAUUGCCAUGCGGGAAUAUCUCGCAGUGCCACAAUUGCCAUUGCCUAUGUUAUGCGUUAUAAAUCCCUUUCACUGUUGGAGGCCUAUAAAUUGGUGAAAGGGGUCCGGCCUAUUAUAUCGCCCAAUUUAAAUUUCAUGGGACAAUUAUUGGAACUGGAGCAAAGUUUAAGGUUGAGUGGUGUAUUGGAACCCAUAUCGCCCGCACCCUUACCAGCCACACCAACAUCUAGUCAAAAUGGCGACGACAAACAACCAACAACUCCAACGACAAUUGUGACACCAACAAAAUGCGAUGAUGACAUUCAAACAAUGGAUUUGGAUGAGUGUGAUAGCGGUCAUAGCAGUGGUGGCAGCAGUAAUUGUUCAUCAAGGCUUACCUCACCGCCCAUAACACCCGAAGAUGAAACACUUGGCACCUCAACAUCAGCCGCUGCCUUGGCAACAGCAUCAUCUACAUUGACUUUGUCGUCGACAUCAACAUCGGCAUUAUCAUUAUGCACUUCCCCGCCAGCCGCAGUGUCUACAAAUCAUUUAAGCGCCACCCGCCCUUCACGUUUUAAACGCAACUCACCUGCAAAACUAAGGCUUAACUUACAGUCAACCUAUGCUCCCAUACCCAAGUCCUUAUCCUGCAUGACAAUACACAGUGCUGGAAUAAGCCCCAUAUGUAAAGAUGCACCAGCGACACCUUCAUGUGAAAUGACCAUGGGCUUUAGUAACAACAACAGUAAUAGUAGCAGCAGUCGCGCUGAUUGAAACUUCACUAAUGAAGCAGUUCCUGUUUUUAUUGAAAGUAAUUUGCACAAAAUAACUUUACAUUUGCUAAGUUCAAAGCAUGGGAUACAAUUUACAAAAAGAUAAACAUAGCCACAGAGACACCACCACACAACAUUGUUUGUGAUAAGCGAGGAAACAAAACCACACAGAUGUAUCAAAGCAGUAACCAUGCUAUGGGUAAAAGUUUUAUCAGCCUGAGUAUUUGAAAUAUGAGGAAAGUCUUUCAAAAAAACUACACGACAAGAGGCAGCAAUCUUUAGCUUUAUUCCCAGUUAUCCAAAAUAUGAGAAAACCGCCAGCAGUCCCUUUCAUCGAAAAGUAACAGCACUAUGGAGGGUUGUUGUUCCUUGGACGACGUCAAUAUGUAUCCAUUGUGUAUUGGAUUGAGUGCAAAGAGUCACUUUUAUGGAAAAAAAACUGUUUUAAGUUUUAAACAAAUUUUAGCUUACGUGUACAAAAACUUAUUUGAGAAAUUCAUUGAAACACAUCACCCGCAGCAAACAAAAUGGAAAAAAGAUAGCCAGCAACCUUUACACUCUAAAUUGGAAAAAUCCAAUUUUCUUUAUAUAGAAACUCGCUAGAUUUUAACCCUAAAUCUUUGACCAAGCAACUCUAAAACAAAUCGGAGGAUAUUGUUGUUUAUUUAUUUCUAGAACUUUUAGUUUAUAGUUACAUAACUAAUUUAUAUUAAAUAAAACAAGAAAAAUAUAUACUUAGAAAGCAACACCCCACAGAAAAACACCCAAAAAAUCCACCACAUACCUUCUUUGUUCAAAUGAUUUGUAUAAUUUUCCUUAUGCUACUUUAUAGAACGGGAGUAUAAACAAAUAGUAUUCCACAUUAGUUUUUCAAAUCAAUCUUCACAAUUUCAAAACCAAAUAAAACCCAACUUUAAAUACUUUAAUGUCUAUGAUUUGAAAUCCUAUUAACUUUGGUUCUUUGGGAAAUACAUUUGAUGUAUACAGAUACACCACCACUCAACUACGCAUUGUUAUUGAUGUAAAUAAAAAAUGUGAAAUACUUGUGCAUAUAUCGUUAUAUAUUUAUAUACUACCUGAAAACAAAUAACAAUAACAUACAUAUAUAUUUAUAUAUUCAUGAGCAGCGAUAUUUGUAAAACAAUUUACAUAUUAUAUACAUAACAAAUAUACAUACAUAUUUAUUAGCCAGUUAUCCUGUUUAAACUUAAAUGUUUAAAUUUCCGACUAAAUUUCCUGUGUAGCUAACAGAUUUUACGAAAAAAAAUUCAAAUCUUUUUUUAACUGUCGAUUGGCUCUAACCACCUGAAAUGGUGUUUAAAGUGUGGGGUUUAGAAUUUUUAAACAAAUUUGUAAAAAAAAACAAAAAACACACGUAGUCCUUAAGUCAUCAUUCUAUAUAAAUACACAAUAAGGCGUACAUAUUAUAUACAUGAAUAUACAAAAGAGAACCUAUGUUACAUAUGUAUGUAUUUUAAAACAAGAACUUGGAAAAGAAUCCGAAAA